AUGGACGAAGAAAUAGAUAAGCUUGGAUUGAAAAUACUCGAGGACAUAGUUUCUUUUCAUAAGUCUUAUGUAUUCAAGGUGAAGAAGGACAAUGAAUCAACAGAAGUCAAAAUUCCAAAAGAAAUUCCAAAGUUAACAAAAGGAUCAUUAAAGGAUUAUUUCGAAUGGUUCACGUAUUUUGAAAAGAAAAUAAAAAUGCAAGGGUUCUCUAGGAAAGAGACAUGUAUGAUACUUCAGCCUAUGCUACCAACUGCAUAUGGAGGUGAGAUUGCAGAAAUAGCUACUAACGAGGACAUAACUAACAUAUUGCAGUUACAGAUAAUCUUGGCAAGGUCAUUGUUUGUUGAUAAAGAAGAGAGUUACGAAUUAAUGUUAAAAAUAUUAAGUGAAGGCGAAAAAUCCACAGUAAUAGAGGCUACUGAUUCUUUUAUUAAUGAUUGUAGAAUAUACGCUAAAAGUUGUUUAUGUAUGAAAAAACCCAAUGAUUUAGCUAGUAUAGAUUUGUGGAGAAUACUAAGAAGACGUACUCCAAUAGAUAUUAGGAAUAGAAUGCCAGUAAGUAAACCAGUGAAUGAAACUUUUAGGACAUAUAUGAAAAGUAUGAUAGAAUUGGAAUCAACGAUAAAAAGGAAAGAUAAAUCAAGUAAAGCAGCAAUAUAUAGACUUGAUAAUGAAAAUGAUAAGGAGGGGAAAAUAAAUAAAGCUAAGAUAACAAAUAAAUGUUAUUGUUGUGGAGAAAAGGGUCAUAUUAAGAAGGAUUGUGUAUAUCGUAAGAAAAGAUGUAAUAAUUGUAAUAUGAUAGGACAUUUGGAAUCAGUAUGUAGAAAUAAAGUGAUUAAAGAUAAAGAAGAUGAAAUUAAAGGUAUAAUAACAGAUAAAAGCUAUGAUUUAAAUUUUAAAAUGAUUAAAAAUGAAACUAACCCACAGAAAAUCCGUCAAAUGCAAAAAUACCUUAAUAAACAAUUGGAACACCUGGAAAGACAAAAAGAAAAAGCAAAGGAAAGGUAUAAUGAAAAUAAACCUAAAGGAGGUGACGAAGAGAAGAAUAGAAAGAGUAACAAAAUAAAUAAGAUAUUUAAGGAAAAAGAAAUUGACAUCGAAAAGGAAUCCGCUGAAGGUGUAACAGAUUCAGCAGAAAGGGUAUUCUAUGUUGAUAUCGCAAUAGAAAUUGGAAGAGAAAAAAGACAAUGUAUGAAUGCGGAACAAAUAGUAGAAAUUAACGGACAUAACGUUAAUGUAUUACUAUGUACAGGAGCAGAUAUAUGUACUAUAUCAACGGUUUCAGCUAAAGAACUAGGUAUAGAACCAGAUAUCUCACUACAACCAAUAAGAGUUGUUGGAAUAUAUAAUGAAAUUAUGGCAAUGAAAUCUAAAAAGGUGAAAAUAUUUAUGAAAUUUACCAAUGUAAAGGUAUUAACCAGAUUUGCAAUAAUAAAAUCAAAUAUACCCACAAUAUUAAUUAGCGGUGAAGUGAUGGACGUAUUAGGAUAUUCCAUUACACAAAGAAAAGGUCAACAUAUGCAUAUCAUGGAACUUAAACCCGAAAUAAGGGAGGAUAAAUUAGAGAAUUCGAAUAAAGAAAUUAUUCAGAAAUUUAUUGAAGGAUCUGAUGUAAAAGAUCAGGAAAAUAAAGAAAAAUUGGAAAAAGUAUUAAGAAAUAAUACAAAACUCUGGGAAAAUAAAAUCAUGGAACCCAACAAGAAAUACAAAGUUUCUAUUCAGGUACAAGGGAAACCCCGGCGUUAUAACCCUAGACCAUUGAGUGAAGAAAUGUUAUCAGAAUUACAUCGAAAAAUAGAUGAAAUGAUAAAGUUAAAAGUAAUAAGUAAGGUCAUUAAUGCGGAAUGGACCUCACCAAUAGUAAUGGUUAAGAAGAAAACAGGCCAAUGGAGAGUCACGUUAGAUUAUAGGUAUUUAAAUAAAUUUAUAGUAGAUGAUUUAUAUAUCAUCCCACAUAUGAAGCACAUAUUUCAAACGUUUCAUGGAUCGAAAUGGUUUUCGAAAAUAGAUCUCAAAAAUGGAUUUUGGAAUAUAGCAUUGGAUGAAAGUAGCAAACCAUAUACCGGAUUUAUAGUUCCGAAGAGAGGAACAUUUUUGUUUAAUGUAUUGCCAUUUGGACUAAAAACGAGUCCUACGCAAUUUCAAAGAAUAAUGGAAGAUAUUUUUAUGGAAUUAAUUCAAGAGAAUUAUGUAGUUGUGUACAUUGAUAACAUCAUCAUUUUAACAAAAACACUAUUUGAACAAAUGGAAGUAUUAAAACGAGUAUUUGAAUUACUCCGUAAUAAUAAUUUAGGUAUAAAUAUAGAAAAGUGUGAACUUUUUAAAACAUCUAUAACUUAUCUUGGACAAGAGAUAGACCAAAAUGGUAUAAGACCUUCAGUAGAUAAGGUGAAAACGAUUAUUGAAGCAGAACAACCUAAGUCUAAAAAGCAAUUAAGAUCAUUCUUAGGAGCUGCUAAUUAUUAUAGGAAUUAUAUUAAGAACUUUUCAGAAUGGACUUCUAAACUAGUUCCAUUGAUAACUAAGAAGCAGAAAUUCGAAUGGAAAGAAGAACAUUCAAAGGCUUUUGAACAGAUCAAGAAUAAAAUGACAGAAAUAACUUAUCUAUCAUUUCCAGAAUUAGGAGAACCCUACGCUAUUUAUACUGACGCAUCAGAUUGUGCGAUAGGAGCUGUAUUGACUCAAAUUGAUAAGGAUACAGGUCAAACUAAAUAUAUUCAUUAUACAUCGAAAAAAUUAAAUGAAGUACAACAAAGAUGGAGUACGGUCGAGAAAGAAUUAUUUGCUAUAGUAGUAGCAUGCGAAACAUUCGAUUAUUAUAUUAAAGGAUCUAAAACUUUAAUUAAAACAGAUUGUAAAGGUAUUAUUGGAAUGGAUUCAAUUAAUACUGGAAAACUAUAUCGAUGGAAGUCAAGACUAUCAGAAUUUAACUUAGAAUUUGAACAUAUUGAAGGAGUUCAAAAUAGUUUAGCUGAUUGGAUCACUAGAUCAAUAGAAGAUGAAAUAGAUCUUCCUAAUUACAUGACCUUAUAUUGUAGUAAACCUCAAGAAGUAUAUGAAGAUUUAUAUGUUAUACCUUCUUGCGAGGAAAUAGCAAAUGCAGCAAGAAAAGAUAAAGAUAACAUACCAAGAGGCGUAGUGUGGAAGGAUGAUUUCCCAAUUCACUAUAGAACAGGAAGAUUAUAUAUAUCAGAAAAAUAUAGAAAUCAUUUAAUGUAUUGGUUUCAUAGUAGUAAAUUCGCAGGACAUUGUGGAGUAAAUAAAACACUAAAGAAAAUACAAAAACAUUUUUGGUGGCCCAAUAUUAGUAAAGAUAUUGAAGAAUACGUCACAAAUUGUUUAGUUUGUCAAGUAAUGCGUAAUAGGAAAUUUAAACCUAAUCAUAACCAAGCUUUAUCAAAACCGAAUGUAUUUGAUAUGGUUUCAUUAGAUAUUAUAGGACCUAAAACAUGGAAAGGUACAGAAUACUUUAUACAAGUAGCAAUAGAUCAUCAUUCACGUUUUAUGGUGACGAACAUAACUAAUAAAACACCUAAUGCUAUGGAUGCAAUUAGCAUUAUAAAGAAAACAUGGAUACCCAUAUUUGGAUGCCCUGCAAGCAUCUUAACAGAUCUCGGUUCAAUUUAUACUAGUCUAGAAUUUCUUGACUAUGUUACAAAAGAAAUAAAGGUUAAAUUAUAUCAUACUAGUGCAUAUUAUCCACAUGGAAACGGUAUAAAUAAAAGCUCUCAUAAAAGCUUAGAUUAUAUCAUGAAGACUUUAUAUGAAGAAAAAGAUAUACCUUUUGAUGAAAUAGUACAAAAUGCAACACUAAUAUAUAAUAAUACACCUCAUGGAGCUCUAGGAGAAAUACCUUAUUUUGCUAUGUUUGGAAUGUAUUGUAUCUGUCCAGGAUUUGCAGAAUUAGUACCGAUAACAACUUCUGAAAUGAGAAUUAUAUACUUAAACGAUCGAUGGAAGAACAUAAGUGAAGAUGUUAAUGAAAUCAAAAGAAAACCUAUAAUUGAGAAUAAAAAUAUUAAGGUUGGAGAUAUUAUCUCAUACGAAUUAUCAGAAUACGAAAGGAAGCAAAUGAAACAUUAUAGUGGAAAUAUACAAUAUAAACCGUAUUGGUCAUUUCCCCAUAGAGUAACUAAAGUUGAAAACGGAAUUUUGAAAGCAUUACCUAUAUAUUAUAGAGGUAAAGAAGUACAAAUUCCAAUGUCAAAAAUAAAAUUGUUGAGAAACAAAACCAGGGAAAUAUAUGAAAAGCAACUUCAGAAUUUAAUACAAGUUACGAAUAAAAAUAAAUGGAAAUUAAAUCUAACACAUGAUUUAAAGUAUAAAGAUUACCUAGAUAUUCAUAAACGGAGUAGUAUCAUAACGUAUGAUAUCAACGAAUAUCAGGAAAAGCAAAUUGAAAAAGGAGUACAAAAAGGACUUGAUGUAAUAAAACAAGCCAAAAGUAACAAACUUUAA